UCUCUGGUACAGCACUGAUAUCUACCAUCAAGGCAUCAUGCUACCAAAACCAAUUCAGCUCAUCGCUUCAUCAAUCAAGCAGUCUUACCAUCGAGCUGCUCCAAUCGCGGCUCUGUGGUCAACUGUUAAUAUCUGCAAUCAAAGUAUUGACUGGUCUUAUUGCUACCAAAACCAUUUCAGCUCACAGCUCCAUCAAUCGACCAGUCUUACUAUUGGUCUGCUUCACGUUUCGGCUCUUUGGCUCAUUAUUCAGCUGUGCCAUCGAAGAACCGACUCGCCUCAUUGCUACCUGAAUCAUUUCAGCUCAUGGAAUCAUGAUUCAACCAGUCUUACUAUCGAGAUGCUUCACAUCACGGCUCUCUGGUCAAGUUCAUCUCUGCAGCCAAAGCAUCGUGGUCAAGUUCAUCUCUGCAACCAAAGCAUCGCUUGACCGCAAUGCUGCCAAAGCUCAUCCAUUCCAGGGCUUCAUCAAUCAACAGUCUUUCCAUGGAGCUAUUUCAAAUCGUGGCUCUCUGGUCGACUGUUCAUCUCUGCCAUCGCAUCUCAUAGCACAGCUUCAUCAACCAGUCUUGCCAUUGAGCUGCUUUACUUCGCGGCUCUCUGGUUCACGGCUUUCUGGUUCACGGCUUUCUGGUUCACUUGCAUAUCUGCCAUCGCAAGCCAGAGCACCGUUUUAUCAACAAGCCUUACCAUUGAGCUGCUUCACUUCACGGCUCUCUGGUCAACUGCUCAUCUCUGCGGUCGAAUCUUCACUUGACUGCAAUGCUGUGAACGCCUUCUCAUGUCAUUGCGCACAAGCAAACGUCGCACCUUGGCUCACUCAGCACAAUCAAAUCUGCUGUCGAGGUGUCUUUGCACAGCAAAACUGCCACAGAGACCACUGUCCGUACCAUUCAAAGGGCAGAAUCUCACACUUUGGCUCCUCCGGCACAAUCAAAUCCGCCGCCGAGUCAUCCAUCACACACGGUCCAUGUUCUGGCUCACUAGAGGUGAAAACAUUCAACACCACGGCAGCUUCAGGACCGCACUUUCAAUCAUCAACGUGGCAGGCACCUCACAUCUAUCGAGACUGCUACACAUCAACCACCGUCCAACCUGGCACUGAUUCCAAUACAUCCUUGCCAGCGCAGACAAACGAUUCGGCACAAUCAAAUCAAUUACUGCCGGAGUCAAACUCAAAAUGCGGACCAUCCCAGCCAUUUCCAACCAUCAAAGCGGCUUAGGUCUACAACAUUCAAACCAUCGUCGCGGCAGCUCACAUCCAUCGAGAAUGCCGCGCAUCAAAGAUCAAUCAUCCUGGCACUG